AUGGGUUUUGGAAUGGGCUACUUGGAUGCUAGCCUUGAGGCUAUGGCACUGCACCCUGAUCUUGACUGCUCUACUAUUAAGUUGAAUGAUGAAGAAACUCCCCUUGGGCAAGUUCCAAGUGAGGAAUGGAGUUCUACUGGUGAUCAAGGUGCCCUAGUCNAACUCGCACAUACCCAUCUCCUUUCUUUGCUUAUGGCGGACACCCAGAUGAAAAACUCAGGCAACCGGAGACAGUCAAGCCGGUUACAGAGAAGAGCACCGGCGUCGAUACAGAUAAACCGGACAUCCGAUUGGAACGUGGCGAUACCUCUAUUAUCACCGUUGAUCACGUCUCCGUCGGCGGAGGAGUCGAAUAAGUUAACGGCUGAGAUCAAACGGGGUAAUAGUAAUCAGAACACGGAGCCGGAGAAGGAGAAGGCCGUGGUGUUCAAGAAGUGGCAGCACCCUGCGGCGCCGUUCUGUUACGAGCCGGGGACGUUAUUGCCGUUUGUUUGUACUGGUGGAUCUGAUAGGUCUCUUUGUAGUUGA